AUGGCGGAAAUUCAGAAUAGCGAUAUAGCAGAACCUCCAAGCUAUAGUAAGGGGAGUGAAGCUGAAAGUAGGAGGAAAAGUGUAUUCGAAAAGCCUUUAGACCUGGAUGAUGUACUGGUGAACGAGCUGGGACAGUUUGGAUGGUUCCAAUUGAGGAAUAUACUGUUGGUCGCGCUGCCUAUCAUAGCAUCGGCUUUUAUGAGCGAGUAUAUUUUCUCAGCCGCAUCUGUUCCACACAGGUGUCAAAUACCAGAAUGUGGUGAAAAUGGCAAGGAUUUCGAAUAUAACCCCGAGUGGAUUCUAAACGCUGUUCCUGUAACUGAUAAUGGAUUUGCCAGCUGCGAGAGAUACAAGCCCAUGGGAACCAACGCCUCCCUCGAUUACUGUCCAGCGAACAUCUUUGAUCAACAAAACACUGUUGCCUGUGACGGAUACGUCUACGGAAGAGAUAAUUCUGUUGUGUACGACUUUGAUCUCGGUUGCCAAGAAUGGCUGCGAGCCCUUGCUGGUACUCUCAGCAGUGUGGGUACUUUACUUGUUCUUCCCAUCACGGGCUACAUCUCUGACCGCUUCGGUCGACGUGUAGCCCUGGUUAUCAGUGUUUUCAAUUUGGCUCUGUUUGGCCUCAUUCGGGCUUUCUCCGUCAACUACACCAUGUACUUAGUUCUACAAUUGCUACAGACUACGUUUGGUGCCGGAACUUUCAGUUCAUCUUAUAUUUUCGCGGCAGAAUUGGUGGGCCCCAAGUAUCGUGUGAUUGCAAGUGCGACCGCUUCGUCCAUGUUCGCUGUGGGCCAAGUCGUCCUCGGUGGUGUGGCGUGGCUUGUGCAGCCAUGGCGGUACAUGAUUAUGGCCCUUCAUAUCCCUUGUUUCUUAGUAAUCAUCUACUUUUGGAUUCUGACCGAAAGUGUGCGCUGGCUUCUCGCCAAACAGAAAUACACGGAGGCUCGAGCUGUUCUUGAAAAAGUGGCCAGGGUUAACAAUACUUAUAUCAGUGACAAGUCCAUGGAAGCCUUGAUGAAUCCUCCGAUGGCACCAGAAUCUGCCUCGACUGAUAAGAAUAUAGUUGGAACAAUCAUCAAGUCUCCCGUAUUACUGCGCCGCGUGUGUACAACUCCCAUCUGGUGGAUCACCACUACAUUCGUCUACUACGGCCUUUCGAUCAACUCAACCAGCUUGUCAGACACUAUAUACCUUAAUUUCAUCCUAACCUGCAUUGUUGAAAUCCCUGGCUAUAUUACCGCCGUCCUUAUUUUAGACAUGAUCGGUAGAAAGGUCACGUUGUCCGGCGCAUUCUUUUUGAGUGCGUGCUGUAAUAUCGCAUUUGCCUUCAUUUCUGUUGAUAUGACGGUAUUACGGUUAGUAAUCUAUCUGCUGGGCAAAUUCGGAAUCUCGAUGGUGAUGAUGUCAUUGUACCUGUUCACGUCAGAGCUGUAUCCCACUGAGUACCGCCACAGCCUGCUGGCCUUCUCCUCCAUGAUUGGCAGGAUCGGUUCCAUCUGUGCCCCGCUUACACCGGCUUUGAUGGUGUACUGGAGAGGCAUUCCAUCUGUGAUGUUCGGUGGAAUGGCCGUGCUGUCUGGACUACUGGUGCUCACACAGCCGGAAACUCUCGGCACUAAGAUGCCUGACACUCUGGCAGAAGCCGAGGCUCUUGGCACGCCUGAAUCUAAAUUUAAGCAAGGAAACUAA